UUUUGAAUAACCACACUUUUACUACAAUAAUAUGCCAUGAUUAAACUAUGAUUAGAGUAGCAAAACCAUGGUUAACCAUGUUGUAAAACCACUUUUUGUUGUUUUUUGGAACAAUUUUAAAUAAUGUAAACGGGUAUGCAGAAGUAUUUUCUAUUUCAGCAUUUGCACCAAUAUAAAUUGUUAAUAAACAUGAAAACACACCAAAUGAAGUCGCUAAGCCAGUUUUCCUGGUUUGUUGUGAUAUUUGUAGUGUCGCCAUGUCUGGUGAAUAUGCUUCGAUGUGAAGAAGGACAAAGUGGACCUUCGUAUGAAUCUUUGCAGGAAGUGAUUAACCGGAAGUCCUUCAGACCUUCAAUAAACCUCAACACCCCGACCAUCACCAACAUCUCCUUCACGCUCUAUGCUAUUUUGGGAGUGAAUGAAAAAGCGCAGAUCCUUACCACAUUCCUCUGGCUCAGACUGUACUGGUUCCACGAGUUCCUCAUUUGGGAGCCUGAACUCUGUGAUGACAUUACAAAGAUCUCUCUUCCAGUCGCAGAUCUCUGGACUCCUGAUAUCAUCGUUUAUGAGUUUGUGGAUGAUGAUGUGUCUCAGGCCUGUCCUUACGUGUAUGUGAACCACACGGGCCACAUCCGCUACGACAGGAUGCUGAGGCUGGUUAGCGCCUGUAACCUGCAGAUCUUCAGUUUCCCUUUCGACAUACAGAACUGCACCUUCACCUUCGGCUCCUACAUGCACACCAUAAAGGACGUGAGAGUCAGUCCAGCACUCUCCUUUAAGGAGAUGACCGAGAACUCCAAACGUUACCUGCAGGCCAGUGGAGAAUGGGAGCUGGUGGUGAUUUUGGGCGAUGUGGACAUUUUGAAUUUUGGAAUAGACGAAUGGGACAUCAUCACUUUUUGGGUGGUGAUAAAGCGUCGGCCGAUCCUGUAUGUGGUGAACCUGAUAAUCCCCAGCGCCUUCCUCAUGAUCAUUGAUAUCCUCUCCUUCUACCUGCCGCCUCACAGCGUCGACCGAUCCUCUUUCAAAAUGACCCUCAUUCUGGGAUAUACAGUGUUUCUCCUCAUCAUGAACGACCUGCUUCCCAGCACUGCUAACGGGACACCUUUAAUAGGCAUCUAUUUCUCAGUGUGUUUGGCACUCAUGGUCUUAAGUCUACUGGAGACGGUACUGAUCACCUGCGUUCUCCACCACAAUUCCAUGAAGUACAGGCCGGUGCCACACUGGGUACAAGUUCUGGUCAUACGAUUCAUCGCUCGACUCAUUUGCUACAGUUUCCCCGAAGACCCUUUGGCCAAAUUUGAAGAGAAACAAGACACCAAUCCAUGGGUUGCCCAGUCUACAGAAUCAACAUCCGGUCAACAGAUAGCCACUAACGCAUCUGGAACCAUGACACUGGACGUACCCGAGCUCAGACAGAUCAGUCAGGAUCUUAAAGAGAUGAGCACUUAUUUGUCUAUUCUACGAAAGGAAGAUCAUCUGCAGAACCAGUGGUGCCAUGUUGGAUACAUCUUGGAUUUCCUCCUUUUCCGCAUUUACUUGCUGAUAAUCACAGGUUAUGCACUUGUAAUCAUAUGCAUGUGGUGCAUAUGGAUGAACCAGUAGGAAGAGUCCGGCGUAGAGUUUAAAAAUCUAAAUCUUAAUUACAGAUCUUUGGGUUGUUUUCUCAGUUCAUUAGGGAUAAAGUUAUAAUGAAAAGAAAUCGAUUGAGAUUGUUUGUUUUUUAAUAACUUAUACAGAUUUGGUGCAUGCUAUUACAAGGUCAAAUAAUAGAAAAAUGCUUACAUAUAAGGGAAACCAAUUAUUUGCUGAUAUAUAUUAGUUAGCAUGUUUAUGUGACCGAUAAUCAAUAACAAAACCUGGAACAUUUACUGUCAUGGAACCGAUAUUACAAAACCGAUAUAAGACAAUCAAAAAUUGUACAAAGUAAAUGUAUUAUUGGUUAAAUCAUUUAUUUGUUGAUCAGUUUGAAUGUGAAAUGUAACAUACAUAAAUUUGCAUCUGUGAUCGAUAACCGAUAAGCAAAAUAAAAUAAAGGUAGAUCUGAUAUCAUAAAACUCAUAUCGGUUUAAAUGAAAAUAAACUGCUUGAAAAAAAAAAAUGCUUAACAGCAUGGAAAAUUUUGCUAAAAAAUUAUUGGAUCUCUUGCUGUGAUUAUAUGCAUUAUUAUUUUUCCGCCAAUAAAAGAUAGACAAGACUUA